AUGGAGUCUUCCGCAAACAUGAGCAACAUUGACAAGCGUUUGAGAAUGCUCGAGCGCGACUUGGCGAGAGGCAGUAAGACUCAGAUCGCCAACAUGUCUACGCUCGGGCUCUGGGCCUUCGCGUUGACGACUGCGCUGCUGCAGUUUCGUGAGCUCGACAUUGGGGCAACUGUGCCAGGCGCGACCGGGCUCACGAUCGGCUUCGCUUUCGGAUUCGGCGGUCUCGUCCAGCUCCUCGCCGGCAUUCUCAGCGCUCUACGAGGAAACAUGUUCCAAGCGACCGCUUUCAGCAGCUUCGGUGGCUUCUGGCUUUCGUGGGCGUCGUGGGAGCUCAUCGUCAGAAGCGAUGAAGUCGGACUUGUCUUCGAUAAAGAAGCAGAAAUAGGUAUGCUGAUGAUGUGGGCAUUAUUGACGCUCGUUCUGUUUUUGUGCUCGUUCAACACGAAUGUCGUCGUUAGUUCUCUCUUCUUCACGCUCGCGACUCUGUUCUUCUUACUCGCCGGUGCGAAGUACUCCGGCUCAAACGAGCUCAAGCUUGCGGCGUCACUAUGGGGCGUUUUCGUAGCAGCCAUCGCAUUUUAUGCUGGCGCCGGAGAGCUGAUGAACGAUCAAUAUGGUCGAACGUGUAUUCCACUCGGAUCAUACGAGCACACGCACACCGAUCGUUCGUUCAACGAGCCUCGAGUUACUUUGCUACCAAAGUGA